AUGUAUUUGGGCGAACCCAGAAGACCUUUAUUGGAAAGGGUUUUUUGGUUUGGUGUUAUGUCGUUGGUGAUGUCCUUAUGUGGCUUGCAAAUUUAUCAAUUAUACAGCAAUUGGUUGAGUAGUAGAACGAUAUUGACGUUGGAUAACAAUAAGUAUGGUAUAUGGGACCUACCGUUUCCUGCAAUUACAUUUUGUAGUGAUAUUCAGCUUCAACAUAUAGACAACAGGACACUCGGAGACGAUGCUUUUAAUAAAGAAUCAGAAGAUGUAAUAAAUUUGCUGUGUAAUAAGUUUGAACUUUAUAAAAACGUGACAUUAAAAAUGAUUAAAUCAAAAAAUUGGGAGCACGUGAUCAAGUACCACAAUACUGGCUGCAAAAAUCUGAUUCCUAUGUUAUUUUGGAUUCAAGACGAAAUCUACUCGCCUUGUGAUUAUAUCCAACCGAUUAUAACGUCAUACGGGCUGUGUUAUUCAAUAAAUAUGAUUCCUCAUCAUCAUUUAAUGGACGAUAACUAUCUCCGAUCAACGUCUUUUUUGAACUUGACACAAGCCGAUAUCGUGGCGAAGAAAAACCAAACCACCUGGACCCCAGAAACUGGUUACAGCCUGAACGCUACCCCGUUUGACGUGCCGUGGAGAGUGACCGGCGACACCGUCGACAAUGCGGUUCGGUUGAUCUUUGAUUUGAAGAACGAGAAUUUAGGAGACCACUGUCCGAAAAGAGAAUCUGGACUGACGGUAUACCGACAAUUAUCGUUUAGUUUGUUUGAUCAUAGUCCAUAG